GACUGUAGACACAGUACAGGGAAUGACCAGAGACUGCAGACACAGUACAGGAGAUGACCAGAAACUGCGGACAGUACAGGAGAUGACCAGAGACUGCAUACAUAGUGCAGGAGAUGACCAGAGACUGCGGACAGUACAGGGGAUGACCAGAGACUGUAGACACAGUAAAGGGGAUGACCAGAGACUGCGGACAGUACAGGAGAUGACCAGAGACUGCAUACAUAGUACAGGAGAUGACCAGAGACUGCGGACACAGUACAGGAGAUGACCAGAGACUGCGGACAUAGUACAGGAGAUGACCAGAGACUGCGUACAUAGUACAGGAGAUGACCAGAGACUGCGUACAUAGUACAGGAGAUGACCAGAGACUGCGGUCAUAGUACAGGAGAUGACCAGAGACUGCAGACAUAGUACAAGAGAUGACCGGAGACUGCGUACAUAGUACAGGAGAUGACCAGAGACUACAGACAUAGUACAGGAGAUGACCAGAGACUGCGGACAUACCCCAGGAGAUCACCA